AUGAGCCAGGAACCAGAUGCAGGUUUGCAUGCGCAGCCAGCACCUGAGCAAUCGUCAACACCCCGACAGCACCAGCAACAACAGCUCGCUCUAGAAGAGCCUAUAGAUGCAAAGCAUUUGGAGCAUAUUGCGAUCCACAACCCACGUAGAAUCCUCUUCCUAUACGGAUCGCAGACAGGCUGCGCUCAGGAUGUGGCCGAGAAUGCGGCAAGAGAAGCCAGGCGGAUGCACUUUAGCGCCACAGUCUCUGCCAUGGAUGAUUAUGAUCGGAGCCUUUUAAUCCGAGAACACUUUGUUGUGUUCGUUGCGUCAACGACAGGUCAAGGAGAGGAACCAGAUAACAUGAAGAAGUUCUGGAAGUUCUUGUUAAGAAAGUCUCAUCCGAAUGAUGCAUUAGAUCAUAUGGAGUUCACCGUCUUUGGGCUUGGAGACUCAUCGUACAUCAAGUUCAAUUGGCCUGCUAAGAAGCUAUAUAAGCGACUACUCCAGCUUGGAGCGACUUGCUUUUAUGAGCCAGCCUACGCUGACGAUCAGCAUUAUCUAGGUGUCGACGGAACGCUUACGCCAUGGUUGGAAGGUCUCUGGAAAGUGGCGCUAGAGAAGUACCCCCUCCCUGCGCAUCUCGAGAUAAUUCCAAGGGACGUUAUUUUCCAGAAUAGCUUCAGUCUCAAAUUUGAUCCACAGGAAAAUGGGUCCUCAAUGACUACCCUUGCAGACCCUAAUCCACAACCCCAAUGUCAGCAAUCUAUUCAAAGCUUCAACAAAGAGCCAGGUAGCUAUUUGGCAACUCUCAUAAAGAACAAGCGCAUUACAGACCCUAACCAUACACAGGAUGUGAGACACAUCGAAUUAUUGAUCAAGGACCCUGUUUUCCCUGGAUAUCACCCUGGCGAUGUGUUGACAAUGCGCCCCUGUAACCUAAAGACGGACGUGGAUGAGUUUCUAGAGUACAAUGGCUGGACCGCUAUUGCGGAUGAUCCAUUUACAAUUGUUGAGAAUUUUUCAGAUCGCCCUCUGCCGAAGCAUAUUCCUCAUCGGCAGACAAUUCGUUCAUUGCUAAUGAACCACUUGAAUGUAUUUUCAACGCCCAGGACCAGUUUCUUCCAGCUUUUAAUAUAUUUUACAGCAAAUGAAGAUGAAAAAGAGAAGCUUCGAGAGUUUGUUUCUCCAGCAGGUCAGGAUGAACUCUAUUCAUACUGUCAUCGCAUGCGCAGGACCAUUUUUGAAGUCCUUAAGGACUUUAGAGACGUCAAGGUUCCGUUAGACUAUAUCUUGGAUCUAUUUCCUAUCAUCAUGCCUCGAAGUUUUUCGAUCGCUUCAGCUCCUCUUGUGGGUGAAUUGGAAUGGAAGGUGGAUUUAUGUAUAGCAAUAGUUCAUUAUAAAACAAAAUUGUUCAAGUGGCGUACUGGUGUAUGUACACGAUGGCUCAAAGCUCUUCAAGCAGCGCCUCCAGCACAAUUCUGGGUCCGUAUUCAACGUGGGACUUUGAAGCUGCCAAAAGACCCGGCUGUACCUGUUAUUUGUAUCGGACCAGGGACGGGAGUAGCGCCAAUGAGAAGUUUUUUGCACCAUAGAAUCUAUGCUCAAGGGGCCACUGAGAACGUGUUGUUCUUUGGAUGUAGAAAGCGGAAGAUGGAUUAUCAUUACCGUGAAGAAUGGGAACAAUUGGAACGGGAGGGGUACCUUAAGCUCUUUACCGCGUGUUCACGAGAUCAGGAGGAGAAAAUAUAUGUGCAGCAUCUGAUUGAGCAACAAGCCCCUUUGGUGUGGGAUUAUCUACAUGAGAAGCAAGGCAUGAUCCUGUUAUCGGGUAGCUCUAGCCGAAUGCCAACGGAUGUUACACAAGCAUUGCAUAAAGUGAUUGCCGCGCAGGGUCAGAUGUCGGUGGAGCAAGCAACUACAUAUUUGGCUCGAGUUGAGAAGGAAGGUCGUUUCCAGCAGGAAUGUUGGUCUUAA